AUGGCCGUCACUUCUAUUUCAGCUCCUUUCGACUACACCCUCUCCUCUAGCUCUGCAAGCUCUAUUACAAAGCCUAUCAAGCCCGUUACAAAGCCGUGCUUCGGAUGCGACUGUGGAGAUGAAGAGUGCGAUGUCUUGCCUGACUCACCUCAAUCUAUUGAGGCUGCUACAACGACGAGCAACUCUCCUAAUACUAAUCAACCCCAAGACUCAUCGUCCGUGCGGGUGCAUUUUGCGGGCAAAGAGCUCGGUGUUAUUAGUUUGCUUACUGGGACACCUUUUUUAUUUCCAGAGGGACAGGAAUGGAUCAAAACUCGUACCGGGCAAGAAGUCUCCAUCGACAGGCUCAGCCCUGCACGAGCACCGUGGGAUAAAGAGCGCGGGCAAAGCUUCAAUACCUUGCUCAUGAACAUGAACUCUCUCAAUCCCUUUGAGCUCCCUGACCUGGGGACUUUGCGAGUAUACAUGGAGGCAUACAAACGCUCCAAGGUCAUGCGGCGCGUUUUCCCCGUUGUUGACCCGGUACUUUUCGAGGAGACUGUCAGUACAGCUUACAGACAAUCGCUAUUUAGUUUCACCUAUGGUCAAGCUAGUGCCCGUGUCUGCGUCAUUGCUUUCUUGGUUUUUGCUUCUCGCUUGCCUCCCGUCAAUGAUAUUGUUGGUGCAAUUAAUAUGCCCCCAAUCGACCAUGAUUUACUUGCUACUAGGGCACAGUUUCUGAUGCCACAAGUGCUGCAAGAGCCUGCUAGUCUAGACUCUGCCCAGGCUCUCACUAUGUUGACUGUCUUCGAACUAUCCUCUGGAAAUAUGCGAGCAGCCAACUACUAUGCCGCGGUCUCUGCCCGAUUGAUCUUCAUGCUUGGGGGGAAUCUCAAUGGCGGCGCAAUGCUCGCUGGAGAUUCACGCAGUCAGCUAAGACAUCAACAGCUGCGCAAUCUGUUUUGGAUUUGCUACACUCUCGACAAAGACCUUGCUCUGAGAACGGGCCAACCACCCACUAUAACUGACGAAAAUUGUGAUCUAACCCUUCCACCUGGGUAUCUCGAUCGAGCAUUUCUGGAUAUCGAAGACGACGAGGCGCCGUACCUUGGUCCGGUAUUCCCAUUCGAUUUGAGACUUAGCAUCAUCAAAGCACAAGCACAUCGAGAACUCUACUCAGUCAGCAGCCUGCAAAAGUCGGAUGCUGAGUUGCUCAAGUCUAUCCGUGAACUUGACGACUGCCUAGAAGAAUGGCGGCUCUCAGUGCCCCCGAAAUGGCGCCCAACAAUGUCUUUCUCUUCCGAAACUUCGGAUUCAAAUAUGAGCAUGCACUCUGUCAUGUUACGCUUGAAUUACCAUUUAUGUAUGACUAUCAUUCAUCAAGCGAGCGGCCGGUGCAAAGCAUGGGUCCAGGGUCAAAGCGGCAUGAUGGACGGCGUGAGUUCGAGCAUGGCCCUUUCAGUCGAGGCCAGUCGAUCGAGCCUAUGUUACCUUGAGGCAGCAGAGCAUGUAGUAGUCGACGGAGUUUUCUGGACUCUGAUCUUCUAUCCCAUGUCCGCGCUGCUCACCAUCUUUUGCAGCAUUCUCCAAAACCCAUUAGACCCACACUCACGCGAGGAUCUAGACAGAUUGAAGGUCGCCACGGUUAUGAUGGAGCGGAUCUUUUCGCGGAAAUUGCCUGAUACAGAGCUUGAACACUUCAGGGUGGUUGCUGAAUUUAUCAUGGAAUUGAAGCGGUUGGCUGAAUGUGCCAUUGACAAGGCGUGGGCGGAGCAGCGUGCUGGCCAAUAG